GGCGAAAUAAUUGGGCAUAAUAAUAAAAUAAAUAUAACAAUUUACUGUUAAUCAUUAAAAUAUUGUUUCUAGGUUAUAAGAUAACUUUUUACUUAAAAUUUUUGUGAAAUUCUACAAUAAUAUCAGUUUUUUUUUUAAUAUUUUGGAAAGUAAUCGGCGACGUAUUUCGGUAAAGAAAAGCUCUUUAAUGCUCUCUUGUCGGAGUUGUUUACAGUUUCUUGGUGUCAAAAGAAUACUUAAUGGUAUCCAAACCAAUUUCAAGAAAAAUGGUUACAUACGCAUUUCACGACGGAAAUAUUCAAGACCAGUUUUCCAAUCAUAUAUUUAUAAUGAUUUAUUUUUGUGCCGUGGUAUCCACAUUACUAAACAGUGUUUCUCGUACACCAAUCGUGUAUUCAUGCCUGCGGAGGAAUUUUUGCAAGCAAAUAAGGAUGCAAAGUUGAAGCAAAGAAACAAUAUUAGUCUGAGCGAAAGUCCUGCUAUCACUGAAAAAAAUGUGGAUGACAUUUUAUUCGAUAUGUUUAAAGAACCUGAUGGUAAAGUCUCAGUUGGGAAAUUCCUUGCUGCUCUUUCUGAAACCGGGUUGAGGAAGAGUGAUCCUCGUUUGAAAGAAAUGAUGACAAAACUAAGAGCUAUACACAAGGAGCGUCGUGAUAUGGGAUCUCCUGAUGCAAUAAGUUUGGACAGAGAAAGUUUUAAAAAAGUAAUAAAAGAAAACAUUGUCCUCAUAAGCAGAGCUUUCCGAAAUCAUUUUGUAAUUCAAGAUUUUCCAGAUUUUGUUAAAUGCAUUGAAGAUUUUUAUUGGAAAUGCAAAGUUAAUACAGGAGGAAAAGUGGCUUCAUACAUUCCUCAACUAGCCAAGUACAAUCCAGAUUAUUGGGGAGUUAGUAUAUGCACAGUUGAUGGCCAGAGGUGUUCUAUAGGUGAUACUGAAAUUCCUUUUACUAUUCAGUCAUCUGGUAAACCCAUGAAUUAUGCCAUUGCUUUAACAGAGCUGGGUUCAGAUAUUGUUCAUCAGUAUGUUGGGCAGGAACCAAGUGGAAGAAUGUUCAACGAGCUUGUUUUAGAUUAUAAUAAGAAACCACAUAAUCCUAUGGUGAAUGCUGGUGCUAUAGUUAUAUGUUCUCUACUUUUGUACAUAGUUGAGCCUGAUAUGCGGGUAUCAGAAAAAUUUGAUUGGAUAUGUCAAUACUAUAAAGCUAUGGCUGGAGGAGAAUAUCUUGGUUUCAACAAUGCUACCUUUUUAUCCGAGAGAGAAGCUGCUGACAGAAAUUAUUCAAUAGGAUUUUAUAUGAAGGAAAAUAAAUGUUACCCUGAAAAAGCAAAUUUGAAAGAUAUCAUGGAUUUCUAUUUUCAGAUGUGUUCUCUUGAAGUAAACUGUGAAACUGUUGGAAUCAUGGCAGCAACGCUAGCAAAUGGAGGAAUUUGCCCUAUCACAGGACAGCAAGUGAUUGACACGCAUUCUGUUCGUGAUGUGUUAUCUUUGAUGCAUUCUUGUGGAAUGUAUGAUUAUUCUGGGCAAUUUGCUUUUAAGGUUGGAUUACCUGCCAAAUCUGGAGUUUCUGGAACAACAAUGGUGGUUGUACCUAAUGUAAUGGGAAUAUGUUUAUGGUCUCCUCCAUUGGAUUCGUAUGGAAACUCUGUUCGAGGAGUUCAGUUCUGCGAGGAGCUUGUUCGCGUUUUUAACUUUCAUCACUAUGACAAUCUGAGACACACUACUCAAAAGCGAGAUCCCAGAAGGCAAAAGUAUGAAACGAAAGGUUUGAAAAUUGUUGGUUUACUAUUUAGUGCUGCGAGUGGUGAUGUUACAGCCAUGAGGAGGCAUUAUUUAUCUGGUAUGGAUAUGGGCCAGAGUGAUUAUGAUGGUCGCACAGCGCUUCAUCUGGCUGCUGCAGAAGGACAUUUAGAGUGCGUUGAGUUUCUUCUCAAAGUGUGUGGGGUUGAUCAUAAACCCCAAGACAGAUGGGGACACACACCUUUGGAUGAAGCCCAUGCUUUUGGACAUUCAGAUGUUGCAGAGUUUCUGGAAAAAUGGGAGUCCAUGAGGGAUGAAGACAUAAAUAAUUAUAAGGAUGCUGAUACACAAUUAGCACCACGCAAGUUAUCUUAUACAUCAGUCCAACCCAUAGCCAUAGAAAAGAAAAUUUUGGAUUAACUUCAUCAUUGUGAUAUUUAGAUGUAAAUAGUACAGAAAUGUUUUCUAGUGCCUGUCAAGACUGAAAAUGUAUAGGUAAUUUUAAUAAUAGGGGGACAAAUUAUGCAGUUAUUUGUGAUUAAUUCGAAGUGUUGUGGAAUAAUGAAAAUUAUAUAUAUAUAUUUUCCCCCUCUCUUCAAAUUUAUUUAUUUAAUAUAAAUUAUGCUUUAUUAUUCUGCUUAAGAUUUAUAAUUAUGAUUUUUUAGAACUUAUUUAUUUCAUUUAUACAUUCUUUUGUUGCUCUGUGAAAAUUUUCUAAAAUGAACUUAAGGAAUUUUAAAAAAAAUAUUUUAGUACAGAAGAGAGAGGCAGUCCUCAGAUUGAUAAUAAGCAUUUUGUUCAUUCUUAUCAUUAAUAUCCUAUAUUCUUCAGAUUGUAGUAUUUAUAAUAAUUUAGUAAGCUUUUAAAAGUAAAACAAAAAUUAUUAUUUUUGUAAAGGUUAUGUAAAAAUAUUUCUAAACUUUUUAUAAUAAGCAAUUAUAUUUUAAUAAGUAAAUAUUUUCAAUUAUGUUAUCAUAUAAGGUAGGGGGGAACUAUGACUUAUAAAGUGAUAGUAAAUGAAAGUUAUAGCUUUUGAAAUGUAAUGAUUAGAAAACAUUUUAAUCAAAGUUAGCAUAACUAGCAGUUCUGAAGCAGCAUUUUUUUUAAGCUUUUAUAAUUUAUAAAAGAUGUAAUGAAGUUAUAAGUCUGCAAAUUGUUAUUAUAUAAUUUUAUGUAUACAGUAAUGUAAGUGAUGCAGUUACAUGAACAAGUAGCAUAAUAAUAAUGAUAAUCAAACAUUUUUAAAAGCUGUAAAAUAUCUCCUUCCUGUCAUGUUAUGUUCUAAUUAGAUUUUGCAAUGAUUGUAGACAUCAUUUACAUCAGAUUAGUUAAUAAGGUUUUGUUUCAUAAAAAUAUAUGCAAGUAUUUUUAUUUCUGAGAGUUUAAUUAAAAAAAUAAAUGUUAUCAUUUCCUGAUGAAUUGUUAACAAAAUUACUCUUUUCAUAUAGUGCGUUCAAAACACAUAUAUCUUCUGCCUGUACUUGCUGUAGCCGGUGGUCAUACAGAAAUAAUGUACAUCUAAAAUAUUUUAAUUUUUUUGCAGCUGAAUGGUAUUACUCACUGUCAUUUACGGACCUUGAUGAAAGUUACUAUAUAUAUGGUAUUAUUAAAUAAAAAUAUCUGUUCUUUCUAUUAAAUUCUAUGUUGUCGUUCAUUGCUGUAUCACAAUAUAAGGUAUACUAGAUUCAAAAUUUGGGUAUUAAUGUAUUAAAAAUUGAGAAAUGAACCAAAAAUUUUUAGAAUAGUGCUUAUAUUUACAUACUUAGUUCUUAAAUUCGAAUACAUUUUACUAUUAUUCAUCAAAAUUAGUAUAAAUUUGUUUAUUGAAGAGAAUAUGGGUUUCUGAAAACCUUUAUCCUUUCAUUUAAAACAUUUAAUUGAAAAAUUAUAAUUUAUUUAUAAAAUGCCAUUUCUUAGUAAGUAUUUUUAUGCACAAUCUUAAGCCAUUCACACCAUAGCAUUUUUUGGAUAAAAUAUGAAACCCCCAAAAUGGGCCAUAUCUUUUAAAAUUACUAAAUCCAUUCAACUGUAUAAUACUGAAACAGUUUGAGGACUGCCACUGUGAUAAAAACGUAUAAAGAGUCUUGAAAGCUGGAAUUGUAGUUAUGUUUAUGAUGUAUUCCUGCCAUCUAAAUAUGUAAGUAUGUAUGAGUCUGUGAUGUUCCCUUUAAUUGUUUGUAGUACGUGUUUGCAUUAAUAUCAAGAAAGUUUGUGUAUCCAAAUUUAGGCUUUCUUUUUCUUUGCCAUGAAUAGCGGACUCUUUCUUUUAAGUAGUAUUGUGUCAUUCUGUCUGAAAAAAAGUAUUGUAAAAUUUGGAUGUUUUAACCCUGUAAGAUUUUUAAUUUGGGAUUGGUAUAAAAGUACAAUAAGGAUUAUGAAAAAUUAUGUGUACUGGAUUUUGCAUUCACACAUUGCAUUUCAAAACAGUUUCAAAACGUAAAUUUAAUUUAGAUGUAUUAUUAUUUUAAAAUUGUAAUAACAAUUUUUAUGAUUAUCAUUCAUAAAUUAAUCUGCAUAUAAAGAGACUCAAAUAUUGGAAUAUAUAUUAAUAGGUUGAUAAGUGUUAUAAAGGCAAAACAGAUUUCUGUAAGUCAUAAUUUUCAACAAGUUGAACUGAAUGUUUAAUAUGUAGAAUUUAAGAUCGAUUAAUAAUGCACAAUUAGUCAAGUUUUUGAUUAAUUGAAUUUUUCCCCCUUGGCUUUAUAGUUUCAACUUAUAUGUGAUUUUCUGGUGUAAAAUUAAGAGCAUCAUUUCUUGUGUAAACAGCACAUAAAACUAAUUCUAGCUUCAAAUUAGUUGUGCACUUAUUAAAAAUAAACUCAAACUGGAUUUAUUAGACUAUUCAUCUGAAAGUUGAUAUUAUACUUUCUUAUAUUUUUAUAUUUAUACUGAACAUUUUAUAUAAAUAUUCAGUAUAUCUUUACACAAACAUUCUUUUGGGGUAUAUAAGUAGUUUACAUUGUAUAUAUACUUUUAGAAAGUUCUGAUUUGAUAUAAGAUUUGUGUUUGUUUUUCCAUCAAAGUUUAGUUUAGUUUUUUUAAGGAUCUAAAUUUUUAAAAUAUGCUUUUGCAUUUGCCAAAAUUUAUGAAAUUAUUCAGAAAGAAGAAAAAAGAGAAAUUAUAUAUUGUGGCUCCAAAUUUUUACUAUUAGGAUAUUUGCUGUUAGCACAUCAGAGGGGCUGCAUACAAGAUAUAGAGAUUUGGAUUUGAUUUUUUUAUAAUAAAUUUUUACAUUGAUAUACUUAUUUCAUUGUUUUUCUUAGUUCUUUUUUAACCUCUUAGUAGUUAUAUCUUUAGAGGUUUUAUUGAGAAUUCUGUUUAGUUGCUUAAUCUUAUUUUUCAUAUUUUUUUUAUGUUUAUGUUAAUGAUCUCGGCAAAUACUGUCUUUGUUAUACUUGUUAUUUCUCUUAUUAUUGUAAUGGUCUCUAAAAUUAUUAAUAGGGAAUAAAAUCUUUUUGAUAAUGAGUUAACAAAGUUUGUAGAAGCUUCAUUGAAUGAAUAUUAAGUCACGGCAUCAUUUAAAUGAUUAAUUUAUUUGCCAAAGUAUAUAAGCAUUUUGCCUUCUUGUUUGAUUAUUUUUAUGGAAAAUUUGUUGUAGUUUUCUGGAGAACAAUGGUGAAAUUUUUUAAAAAAAAAUAUGAAAGCAUGUUGCCAAGAUGACAAGAUGUGUAUCUAAGCUAGUUUUAUCUCUCUCUUCUAAAUGCACAAAUUUAAGUUGUAAAAAUUGUGUAAAAGAAGGUGUAUACAUAUAUUCAUUAGAAGUAAAAAAUGUAUUCUUUUCUAAAAGUUUUAUUUAAUAUCUGAUAAAUAAAAUGACAUGAGAAUCAUGAUCUUUAGAAAUGGAAAUAAUUUUCCUCAAGCUUCUUGUCCAUUUAUUAAAGUAAUGCAUAUCGUGUCUGAAUUAAUGUUUGUUGAUAACAAUCUGUGUUCUGCAUAAUAAGACAAAACAUAAAAACAAUUUAAUAUCACAUAUUUGCUUUAUAAUACAGAAUAUUUAUUAUAAAAUGAAUGUGUUGCUCAUAAACAGGCCUUUAUUUGGUUAAUAUUCCUAAUGACAUUUUGUUACCAUUCUUUUUUAAUAUUCAAAGCAAUUAAAUUGUAAUGACUGAUAUGGCUGAUUAUGGUAUAAUUAUUACAGUAUUUUAAGAAAAAAUAUAUUCAGGGCAGUUUAUAUGCAUGGAAUUAUUUAUGUUUAUUGAAAAAAUAAAAAAUUCUCCCUUAUCAGAAAAAAAGUUUAAAGAAUUAGCUUAAAUGUUUUUUAAAACAUUAUAUCGUAUAUAAUUCAGAAUGAAUAUUUAAAUUCAUUAAAUGGUUAAUAAAUAUAAAUCCUGAAAUUUUGUAUGGUUCCUAUGAUCUUAAAAUAUAUUCAUGGCUUGUAUUUUAAGAUCUAGUUACAUUGUACAUGGGUUUUAAGAUUGUAUAAGUGUGUACCUUAUACCCUGUUACCUAAUUCUAAGUAGGCAGUAUUCUUUGUUCACUUAUAUCUGUUAUUGGUGAGUGUAACUAAAUGAGGAUAAAACAGGUAUCUCAGUCAUUUUAAAAAUGUUGAAAGUUUUGAAUAUAAUCACAGUAUUAUUUUAAUGAUAAACAGUGGCUCUUAUCUGAAAUUUGAAGUUAUUUGAAAUUAUUUAAUCAGCAUUGAGUUCUAUAAUUAAUAAUCCCUAAGAUGUAUAUAUAAUCAAAAUUAACUCAUCAGCUCGUUAUGUCCAACUGUAACUCGGAUGAUUUUAAAAUUUGUGUUACUAAAAUAUAUGUGAACAUGUACCGUUUGAGCAUCUGCUAAACAUUUUUGUAAAUUUUUCAAGAUUGCUAAAUGAAUAACUAUUCAUGUUUUCAUUUUUAAAGUAAGAAAUAUUCAAAUUUGAAUAACCAACAAUAAAAGAAAAAUAUUGUUUCAGAAGGAGUUUCACAAAAUAAAACAAGUGUUAAGGGGUUAAAAAAGUGAUUUCUCAGGAAAUUUACGAUUUUGCUUUGAGAGAAAAUUCUGAUUUUUGGCACUGAUAUUGUUGUGAACUUUAUAUGUUUAUAUUUAUGCACACAACAAAAUCAGUAACACAAAACUUCUAUUUUCUAGACUUAUUUUACAUUUGCGAGCUAAAAUUUUUAUCUCAUUCCUUUAUUUAUGGUUUAUACCGGUAUAUUUAUUUUUGAUGCAUAAUUUCUGCUAAAAUGCAGCAGUUGAAGUGAUGCUAAUGCUUGUUACUUUGACUUAGAUUUAAAUAAUAUUUAGAUUUUUUCUUGUAUUUUAAAGUUGCAAUGAUCCUUGUUUUCACAUUCCCUUAUCUUUGGCAUGAGAAAUACCAUCUUUGUUAAAUAAAUUUAAUCUUGAAAAUAAUGUGUAUUAUCAAAUGACACUUUGAUUAUUCAUAUCAGCAUUCAUUAAAAAAGUUGUAUUUGCUUAAUAUCUGUAAUUUUCUAUUUUUUUAAUAAUAGGCUAUAAUUUAUAAUAAACUGGGUGUUAAUUUUUCAGCUACAUUCAAAGCAAAUGUGUAUUAAAAUAUUAUUAUGUUGACCUCAUAUGGGGGAAUGCAUUUCAAUUAAAGAUACUUAAUAUGUAGGUACAGAUAUUUAAAUCUAGAACUGAAAAUAAAGUUUUUUAAAAUGCAUUAUAAGUGCACAGUUCCAGAGGAAAUUAUUGUAGUAUAAAAUAUUUGUAAUAACUUAAUCUGAUUAGCAUAUUUUUUAUGUUAAUGAAAGUAAAUUUCUCUCUUUUGCAUUUUUGUGGCCUAAACGAAAGUUUUACAAAAAGGAUAUUGCUAUAGUCAAAGUAUUAAAAUGGCAGUGUAAUGGUUUUUUUGUAAGCAUUGCUUCAACUGCUUUCAUCUUUAUCAACAUGUAAAAGUUUUGUAAAGGUGUUAACUUAUUCUUUGUAAAUAUUUUUAUAUUUUUAUUAUUAUAUUUAUUUAUUGUAUCUAUUAUUUAUAUUUUUUAUUUUUAUUUUAACCAUUUUUGAUCGUAGAAAUUAGACAAGUGUCUGUGAUUUUAAUAUUUGUAUUUCUGUGAUAUUGUUCUAGACAUUUGCUUAUCCUAACCUCUUCCAUUUUUUGUUUCUCAUUCUACAAGCUAUGUAACAUUAUUAUUUAAUUUAUAUUGUGAUAUUCCAUUCAAUAAUUGUUAUAAAUUUACAAUUUAUCUAGACCCUCUAAAGCAGCAAUACCUGUUUGCACCUUUCGUAAAGCACUAGUCAUUUUUUCCUUGUUAUUUUAUUGUAUUUUAACAUGUUAUAUGGAAAUAAAAAUACUAAUGUUGA